CAAUGCACGUGACAAACAGCAUGGACAGCUGUGAUCCCCGUCUAACCAUAACAAUUUUCUCAUUAAUUACAUAAAAAAUAUCAUAAAAGAUAUCUUUACGGCACAUGAUUGCCGAAUUAAGUUCAAGUUUUGGCAUUUUACAUUAAAAACCCUAACUAACGUUAAAAACUUACAUUGGGACAUGUCUCGUAUUUAAUUUUUUUUAUUUUUCUUCCCGGGUCAGAGAGACCAUGGACCUCGCGCUCCUCGCCCUCCCCUCGUUCCCGUCACCGCCAGUUACGCUUCUUCCCCUCCUUAAAACACCAUCGUGAGACCGCUCCCAACCAUGAGGCGACCCCGAGGACUCGCCGUGGAAUUCGUCGCCAUUCUCUCCGCGAUCCGAUCUCUGACCACCAUCUCGAUCCCUUCCACCCCGCUUUGAUCGGCUUUUUUUCGCUCUUUUUUCCCCUCCAUUUUUUCACCGUUCUUGGGGGCGUUUCGAUCGUCGAUCGGCUCGAGGACCGGAUCGGAUGCGCGUGGGCGGAGGCGGAGGAGGGGGCGGGCGGCUGGUUCGGGCGGCGCGAUGGGUUUCGACGGCGACGGUGACGGCGGGGAGGGGGAUGGAAUGUCGUCGGUGAGGGACGUGUCGAUCAACGGCCUGACGAUGAAGACCGCCGAGGUGGAGGCAAAGCUUGAUGAGGGCAAUAUCCAGGAUGCAGAGUCGUCGCUGAGGGAAGGGCUCUCCCUCAAUUACGAGUACCGAGGCACAAAGUUUGGACAUUUACGAGGGAAAUUUAUUCCCAAUAUAUUGUCAGUGAUUGUGGAUAAAUGAAGACUGAAACGAACCAACAUCAGGAUAUAAUGGAAUAAUUUUCUUCCUUUUUAAUAAAAUAAAUAGUUGAUUGUGGGAGCUCUAGCACGUGGAAGAUUCUGAAGCUAGACUCUAGCAUGUGGAAGAUUCUGAAGCUGGAGUGGAACCUUAUAUUGCAGAGAUGGACGGCGAAGGGGAAAUUAUCAUUGAAUUGAAAGCUGUUUAGCUCAAAAUGUCGUGAGAAUAUGCAACUUAUUUUGAGAUGUUUAUGGAAUCUGACUGAUUUCAUGGAUACAAUGUUAAUUGUCAAUUGACACCAACUCUCAGACUUUUGCCACUUUUCUAUCUAGGGCAAGUUUGGGCGAGAGAGGGGUCAUUGUGGCAGGUUGGAGACGGAUUUGUACUAUACAGUAGUAAAGAUUGUCUUAUCCUGUAGUUAAGUUCUUACUUCCCGGUUCAAACUAUAUUUGCAUGUAUUGGAGUUGCAGAAAGAUAUGAUCUAGGUGUGGGAGUGGGGAGGAAGCUGUCAUUGAUGCUACUAAUAUGGAUACUUGGUCAAUAAUUACAUACUAAUAAAUCAUUUUUUUAUUGAC